GACUUUGUUACUUGUUGAGAAUCCAGCUCUUGUGAAAAUUUUCAAUUAAAUAAAUCAAUUUGUUUUGUCUUAAUUAAAGUAGAUAUACAGUAUUUUUCUGUUGAAAAAUUAUUCUUUUAACCCAUAUUUUCGUUAAAAUCGUGGAUUUUUACCGUAAAUUAGUGUUUUUUAAAAUUUUUGCAUGAAAAUGGUUUUUAAUCAAAUUUCUGAAGAACAGAGCACAUCGAAUGAUCAGCCAGAAUACAGCAUUAAAAAGAAGAUCUUUACGUGUGAAGAACUUGAAGGACGUAAAAUGAAAUUAAGUAAGUCAAAUAACCUUAAAAAAAUUACAAAAACAAAAGCGCUUUUAGCGCUAAAAUCAGGGUGACAAUCCCCUUACUUGCUACAUGCUUUUCGUUCAUUUCAUCUUGAUUUUUCGUCCUGAAAGUUUGUACUGUAUUUAUUGGAAUUUUAAUACACAUUUAAUUUAAUUAACACAAAUAAUAAUGGCAGCAGUAGCUAUAAUUGAUAACGAUGCAUUCCAAAAGCACUUGAAGCACGCUGACUCGUCGAUCAUGCUGUAUUCAACAUCCAGUGACAUGACGCGUUAUGAUAUUGCUGAUUUGAAGAAAAUUAAGGAUUCUAAGCUAUCUCAACAACCGCCGUGUUGUUUCUAUGACCCAAAUAUAAUGAGGCUCAACAUAUUGAAGUACAAAAAUCGAGAUCCAGUCGUGGUCGAUAUUCAAAUGAAGGCAUUUCGUGAAAAAUUACAAAAUUUGUCUGUUACAGGCUGGGAUCCCAACAUUUUACAGCUGUUAAGGAACUACCAUAAUGCAUUGCUUAAUCCAUUUUACAAUGGUUAUACUGGAAAUUAUCAGAACCAACAGCAGCAAAUGUUUAACCCACAACAGCCGCAGGCAUUUAAUCAGCCUACACAGUCCCAAUUCCAACCGUGUCCUGAUCGAGUAUCAUUGAUGGAAAAGCAGCAAGCAGUUUUGGACAAGAUCCCGUCAUACGAUCGCAAAAUGAAUUUCUUUGAUAAUAUAACAACAACUGCUAACAUUCCUCCUCCUCGAACAAUGAUGAAUUUUGAUCAUCGCCAACAAGCGACCUUCUUUAAGCGCCCCAAUAAUAAUUAUAAUAAUCAGCAGCAACAACAACACCACCAAUCAAAUUAUCUACGCAAGCCAAAUUCGUGUGCUAGUGAACAGCAUGGAAAUUCGUAUAGCAGUUCUGUUGGUUACUUUUCUGGAAAUGAUACAAAGUCGUCGUGCGGCGAGGAAUCUGUGUUGGAAAAGCCAUCUGAAAAGCGAACAUGCUUUGAAAGCAACAAGAAGAUUGAACCAAGCAAGGCUGAAGAUGAAAAGGAACCAGAAUGGUUCAGUGUUCCUGCAACACUUGAGGAUUUCAUUGAUUUACAUGGAUUUUCUGACGAAGAUAUUGCUGAACAACCUGAAGCUGAAGAUAAGGAAAAAUGUCUAGAAGUUAAGCAAGCUGCUGAAAAUCAAAGGAAUAAUAUGAGCACUAAUAGUUUUAAUCAUGAAUAUCAACCGAAUCAGAAUCGCCGAUACAGUCAUAAUAGCUCUUACAAUCGCUAUUCACAUAAUAGUGGAUAUAGUAGCCAUAAUAGUAGCUAUAAUCAAUCGUUCAAUAGCCAAAAUAGCAGCUAUAGUAACAAUAGCUAUUAUAAUGCACGCAACAUGAAUUAUCGCAAUAAUACAGUCAAUAACAAUGCUAAUCAGCGUUUCCGUAAUCCUUUACAUUUCAAUAAGCCUGCUCCAAGGACAUCAUCAGCAGCAGCUCCACCACAAAUCAUGAAUCCAUUCUUUGAUGCUUGGAAGAGUGGCAAGUUUCUGCACCAACAGAAUGUAAGCUUCUCUGACUUGAUGGAACAAAACUAUCCAAAAAAUCUGCCAAGCAAUGCUAUGCAUAUAAGUGAAGUUGAAAAUCGCAUGAAGCAACAACAAAGCUAUAAUCCAAUGCAUCAUCAAGCACCUCCGCAAACAGCUGUACCACAAUUUUUUCAAAACCUUGCAAAUAAUUGGGGAGUUCGCGUAAAUGAAAAUCCUUCGCAUGCUUAUCAAUAUCAAAAUAAUGUUGGACCGCCUCAAAUGCCACCACAAGCAAUGUACGAUGGACAUAAAAUCCCGACUCAAGAACAACUUCAACAAUUUACAUCUGAAAUAAUGCGAAACGCCAUAAUUCGAAAGAAUCAGCAAUAUCAUGAUGAGAAUAACUAUCAAAAGUAACACUCGCUGAAUUCACAAAGUAAUUUCGUCUCUGAUUACAACUCAAACAAAACUUACAUAUACGAUUUAAUUAAGCUAAGCACAUACAAAAUCUCUUCAUAAUGAUAUAGUUGAAUUAUUUGAAAUCAUUUCAUAUUCUUAUUUGUUGAUCAUAGAAGAUUUUUUUUUAACUUGAACUUUAUGUUGUCAUAAAAAAUCCGUUUUCGACUACACAUAAGAAAGGAAUAAGAUGAAGAACAGAAGAUACACCAUACACAAUAGACUUCUUCCGUUUUAGGGAUUAAAAUAACAUGAUCGAAAAUAGUUUUCCAUGCAUUGCAUGCUCAAUUACUACUACAAACUUAUAAAUGUUAUCAGAAUUUGUUCUCUGAAGAAUCAAAAAUGAAAUAACAGUUAAUAAAAUAAGAUAUAACACAAUUUGGAAUCAAGAGUAGAAUGUGA